AUGAAGCAUAAAUUCCAACGGCUGAAGAAGCUGGUGCGAGACAACAGUUUCGACAACCUUGUCAGCAUCGUUAUGGUCUUGCCCAGUUUGGUCGGAUUUGAGAUCACCAGGAAGAAAAUAUCUGUUCCGUUUUGGAUAAUACAUCUAUCGUUACUCAUCUAUGUUUACGGCGUGGGUAGCCUGGUGUUUCAGGCUAAACAUGCGCGAGUGGCUAGCGACUUUAUCAAAAGUUACGUCAACGUCUCCAUUUUGGUGCUUACGGCGAAUAAUAGCUACUGGUGGUUGACUCAUAGGGAUUUGUUAAGAAAUGUAAUAAGAAAGGCAAAUGAGGCUGAUAAGAGCACUAUCCAAGCCGGGCUUUUCGUCGAUAAACACAAGCAGUCCUUAUAUAUGAUCAAACGAAUUUUGUUUAUAUUCUACUUUAUCAACUGUACCAACGAGUUUACUUCCUAUUUGCCAAAACGCGCCGACUUGAACGAAAACACAUUCUCAAUGACACCGUGUGUGGGUUUCAAGCAUCUGACGUCUUUUCCUCAACGUGAAAUCUGUAUAGCGCUUACAUCCCUUCAGGAACUAACGGUUGUUGUCGUUGUACUAAACUUCCAGACAAUGAUGCUUUUGCUCAUAGCGCAUACCUCUGCCAUGUACCACCUGCUUUCCGAUGAAAUCAUGACAUUUGAUACCUUGCUUACAGAUCCUAGUAACUACGAUUUUGUAAAAGAAAGACUUGGUGUUAUUAUAAAACGGCACACUCUUAUUUUAGAUAUAGUAAAAGACAUUAGAGUUCUAUACAGUAUACCGAUGGGAAUUAACUUUGGUUCUAAUGCGGUGUGUAUUUGCUUUUUUUUCUUUUUGAAACCUGAGGAAUAUCUUAAUUUUAUGCCGAUAGCCAUGUAUUGUUUCCUCGUAUUUUUCUUAUACUGUUUCCUCGGGCAGCGGCUGACGAAUGCCGCGGAGGUAUUUUCUAGGGCUGUGUACAGCUGUGGCUGGGAAGUGAUGGAUAUUAAGGAGCAAAGAGCAAUAUUUAUAAUGAUUCUGCAGUCCCAGAAAAGUGUUGAUUUGCUUGCGGCCGAUUUGAUUCCGGUCAACAUGCGCACUUUUGCGAGCACGUCUCAGGGUAUAUAUAAGUUUGUAACUGUUUUUAAAUUGUAG